AACUGAAACUCUUAUCUGGCAACACCACCACUAACAUAACCCUUGUUCCAAACCCCUUUUCUUCUGGAAGCCUCAUCUCUCUGCCUGCCUGCCUGCCUGCCUGCCACCAACCACCGCAACUCCGCCGUUCGAGUCCUACUUAACCUCCUCCGUUCAGAGAGUAAGUAUAUCUAAUGGCAAUUGUUCCGGGAGGGAGUACAUGGGUGGCUCGGUGGGGAAUGCAACCUCAAUUGAUGUCCAAAGCGUCUUCCGCUAACAGUUCGUUUAUGCAUUUGCCUCGUUUCUCAGGCAAUACAAAAGAGUUGGCAUCACAGUGUUCCGCCUUCUGUUCACAAGGUUCUUUGCAUGAACUAUACAAUAUUGGGUCAUUUGGUAAAUCUCAUCACCGAAGAGGUGGCCGCCUCAUUGUUAGGGCUGAAAGUGAUUAUUAUUCAGUACUUGGCGUGUCGAAGAAUGCUAGCAAAUCAGAAAUAAAAAGUGCUUAUAGGAAGCUUGCAAGGAGUUAUCAUCCUGAUGUUAACAAGGAACCAGGAGCUGAACAAAAAUUCAAGGAUAUUAGCAAUGCUUAUGAGGUUUUAUCUGAUGAUGAAAAGCGAUCCAUAUAUGACAGAUAUGGGGAGGCUGGACUUAAAGGCGCUGGCGUUGGUACAGGGGAUUUCAGCAACCCGUUUGAUCUGUUUGAAUCAUUGUUUGACGGGUUGGGCGGCAUGGGUGGAAUGGGCGGCAUGGGUGGAAGAACCACACGUAAUAGGGCUACACAAGGCGAAGACCAAGGCUACAAUCUGGUUUUAAACUUUAAAGAAGCCAUAUUCGGCGUUGAAAAAGAGAUCGAAGUAACUCGUCUCGAGAGCUGUGGAACUUGCAACGGGUCCGGUGCCAAACCCGGGACCAGCCCGUCCAAAUGCACCACAUGUGGUGGUCAAGGUCAAGUCGUGUCUUCGGCUCGAACCCCGUUGGGAGUCUUUCAACAAGUCAUGACCUGCUCGUCUUGUAACGGAAGCGGUGAAAUCUCAACCCCUUGUAAUACAUGUAAUGGGGACGGUCGUGUGAGAAAAUCCAAACGAAUCAGCCUCAAAGUGCCAGCUGGAGUCGAUGCAGGCAGCCGUUUGCGGGUCCGGUCAGAGGGUAAUGCAGGAAGAAAAGGCGGGCCCCCGGGUGACCUGUUUGUUAUGAUUGAUGUCCUUCAAGAUCCUGUUUUAAAACGAGACGACACAAAUAUUCUCUACACUAGCAAAAUAUCAUAUAUUGAUGCUAUUUUGGGGACAACUCUGAAAGUCCCGACUGUCGAUGGGAUGGUAGAUUUGAAAAUCCCGGCCGGGACCCAGCCUGGAACGACACUUGUUAUGGCCAAAAAGGGGGUCCCGAUUCUGAACAAGAACAACAUGAGGGGCGAUCAACUGGUGAGAGUGCAAGUCGAAAUACCAAAACGGUUGAGCGGGGAAGAAAAGAAGCUGAUUGAAGAACUCUCAAACCUAAAGAAAGGUAAAGUUCCCAACAGCAGUGGUAUAUAACAGUGCAAAUGGGUAGUGAAGAUUUGACAAAUGUAUUCACAAUUUGAAACGGAUUUCUGAAUCGGCCCCACGAAACUAGUGCGAUUUUUGGGGUGUAGAUCAUGUAACAUGAAUCUAUACACGGUUUACAUGCCGGUUGACUGGGCAUUCGAGAGGGACUCUUAUAAUUAUAGUUGAUAUCUUUAGCAGGAUUUUGGAUUAUGCUUAAGAAAUGUAUAUUGUUUUUGACUUUUCCUUUUGUU